AUGGAGCCUCACUUUAAUCUCUUCCUUCCAUUAAUGUUGCUAAUUGUUACUCCUUUUCUUUUACUUUUUCUCCAUGUCAAAGCUGAAACCUCCUCCACCUACAUAGUCCACAUGAACAAAUCCCUCAUGCCACAAGUCUUCACAAGCCAUCAUAAUUGGUAUGAAUCCACUCUUGAUUCCACAAAAUCAUCAAAAAGUUUAGUAUACACUUACAAUCAUGCCAUGCAUGGAUUCAGUGCAGUACUAUCAGAAAAAGAGUUAAACAACCUCAAAAAAUCUCAUGGUUUUGUCACAGCUUACCCUGACAGAACAGCAACGAUAGACACAACACACACCUUUGAGUUUCUUUCAUUAGACCCUUCAAAAGGGUUAUGGAAUGCAUCAAAUUUAGGUGAAAAUGUUAUUGUUGGUCUUAUUGACACUGGUAUUUGGCCUGAAAGUGAAAGCUUUCAAGACAACGGCAUGUCGAAAAACAUCCCAACAAAAUGGAAAGGAAAAUGUGAAAUAGGACAAGAUUUCAACACUUCAAUGUGCAAUUUGAAGCUAAUUGGAGCAAGAUAUUUCAACAAAGGUGUAAUUGCAUCAAAACCAAAUGUCAAAAUCAGUAUGAACUCACCUAGAGACACACAAGGACAUGGAAGUCAUACAUCAUCGACUGUCGCCGGAAACUAUGUCAACGAUGCAUCAUUCUUUGGCUAUGCAAAAGGUGUAGCUAGAGGCAUUGCACCAAAAGCUAGAAUUGCAAUGUAUAAAGUCCUUUGGGACGAAGGACGACAAGCCUCCGAUGUUCUCGCGGGAAUGGACCAAGCAAUUGCUGAUAAUGUUGAUGUUAUUUCAAUCUCUUUAGGUUUUGAUAAUGUUUCACUCUAUGAAGAUCCCGUGGCAAUAGCUUCAUUUGCAGCCAUGGAGAAAAAUGUAGUUGUUUCAUCUUCGGCUGGAAAUGAAGGUCCACAUCUUGGUACUCUACACAAUGGAAUCCCUUGGGUUCUAACCGUGGCCGCAGGCACAAUCGACCGAACUUUCGGUAGUUUGAAACUCGGAAACGGCGAAACCAUUGUUGGUUGGACUUUGUUUCCUGCUACUAAUGCUAUAGUUGAGAAUCUUCAACUUGUUUACAACAAAACUCUAUCAUCAUGCAAUUCAAUUAGUCUCUUAAGUGAAGCUUCAACAAGAGGAAUCAUUGUUUGUGAAGCACUUGAAUCAGUUUCAGUGAUUACCCAAAUCAAUGCUAUUACUUCAGCAAGUGUAGUUGGUGCUGUUUUCAUCUCAGAAGAUCCAAUACUUCUAGAAACAGGAAGAGUUUUUUCUCCAAGUAUUGUGAUUAAUCCAAAAGACAAAAAGGCACUUAUUCACUACAUAAAAAGUGUUGAGUUUCCAAUAGCUAGUAUCAAUUUUCAACAAACAUUUGUUGGUAUAAAACCAGCACCUGCUGCUGCUUAUUACACUUCAAGAGGUCCAUCAAAAAGCUAUCCAAGAGUCUCGAAACCUGAUGUAAUGGCACCCGGUUCCAAUGUUCUAGCCGCAUAUGUUCCGAAUCUAUCAUCUGCUAGAAUCGGAACAAACGUUUUCUUGCCGAGUAAUUACAAUCUUCUUUCAGGUACAUCAAUGGCGUGUCCACACGCAUCAGGCGUCGCGGCUUUAUUAAAAGCCGCGAAACCUGAUUGGAGUUCGGCUGCUAUAAGAUCAGCAAUAGUUACAACAGCCAAUCCGUUAGAUAAUACGCAAAAUCCGAUAUCGGAUAAUGGCAAUCCAUCUCAAUAUGCUUCUCCUCUUGCUAUGGGAGCCGGUGAAAUCGAUCCUAAUAAAGCAUUGGAUCCUGGUUUAAUAUAUGAUGCUACACCACAAGAUUAUGUUAACCUCCUUUGUGAUUUUGGUUACACGCAUAAUCAAAUAUUGACUAUUACAAGAUCAAAAAAGUAUAACUGUGAUAACCCUUCUUCUGAUCUUAAUUAUCCUUCUUUUAUAGCUUUGUAUGGUAACAAAAGAAGAACAAUGGUGCAGAAGUUUUUGAGGACUGUGACUAAUGUUGGAGAUGGUGCUGCUAGUUAUAAUGUUAGUGUGAGAAAACCAAAGGGUUGUGAUGUUAAUGUUUUGCCUGAGAAAAUGGAAUUUGGGUAUAAGAAUGAGAAAAAGAGUUAUUCUGUUGUUGUGAAGUGUAAGAGGAAGAAUAAGAAGGAAAAAAAUGUGACAUUUGGUGAUAUUGUUUGGGUUGAAGAGGGUGGUUUUGGACGUAAUGUUAGGAGUCCUAUUGUUGUGGCACCAAGUGACUUUGUUUGA